ACUCCUAAUUCUCCGGGUAAUGCUCCUUUCGUUUCUGGAAGUCUUGUGCUCACAGCCAAGCAAAUUCAAAUCUUCAGGGCCCUUUUGGAUCUUGCGUACCAACACGGAGACAUGUUGGGUACUUCUUGGACUAUUGUACUUACGACUCUUCAGCAUCUCUCUUGGAUGAUCGGCUUGCGAAUAACACCCUCGACAUCUCUAAUCCUUCAACAUGCUCCGAACUCAACCUCAUCUAUGACCCUCGUCGGUUCUAGCAGUCAAUUCAGUGUUCCCAGUCCUGUUUCAUCUAAGAAAGCAGCCUGCGCAGCCAUUUUGGGUAUCGAUGCUUCUUCUAUAUUUUGGACAGGACAGCAUCAGUCAGCACCGGCUGCUUCCUCCGUCCAUACCGCAUCUGUCGGACCUAGUGGGAGUAGUAGUGGUAGUAGUAGUGGCAGUGCUAAUAAUGGGGCUGUGAGUAUUAUCCCUGGGCCUAGUUGUGGAAUUGGUUUGGGUGGAACGAAUACCGUCUCUCCUUUUGGAUUACCAGGAAAUUUGGUUUUGGCCAAUGGAUUAAUCAAUGAACUGCCACAUCUAUCUAACCUCUUAUCACUGCUUUUUGAAGGAUCUAGACGUCUGGAUGGCUCAUCCUUGAUGCAUCUCAUUCGCGCCCUCUGUCACCUGGCCGCUGAGACUUCGAAUGUCGCUUCUCUGAACAAGGUAGUUAUUUCUUAUGCUCUGAAAGUUAUUGAGGUUUUAAUAAUUACCGAACACUUAAUGAGCACUGCUCUCAGCUUUUUUGAAGACAGAGAAUAUGUCUCCAGCUUUGUUUCCAGCCUAACUGAGUUGGAGGACCCAAGUUUAUUUCCUAUUACUAAGUUGACGGAGGCUGGCUUGGUGAAUAUCGAUCGACUCUCGCUUUGAACUGACCCAUCAAUUGCGACCGUUACUAAGGAAAUGGAAUAUCAAGUCACCAGUCUGCCAAAGCAACACGAGAAGACGGACAUACUUGAUUGCUCGGGAGUUUUUCGCAUCAAAUGCGGCAACUGUGCGCAGAAACAGGGAGAAAAAUCGGCCUACGAAUCAAGGAACAUCAAAGACUCUUCAGGAACAUGGAUUCGAAAAGAUCCGAAAUAG